AAUCUCGUAGGCGAGGCCGGAAGCGCCUUCUGGAGUCGGGCCUGGAGAAGGGAAAGAGGCUGGAUACGGAGAGGACCGACAUGGCCGAGACGGACCCCAAGACCGUGCAAGACCUCACCGCCGUGGUGCAGACACUGCUGCAGCAAAUGCAGGACAAGUUUCAAACCAUGUCUGACCAGAUUAUUGGCCGGAUUGAUGACAUGAGCUGCCGUAUUGACGACCUGGAGAAGAACAUCGCAGAUCUCAUGACGCAAGCUGGAGUGGAGGAGCUGGAAGGCGAGAACAAGGCACCUGCUACCAAAACAUCAACUUGCCAAUAAUCUACAAUGGGUGCUGGAAGGAAGCGGUUUUUACAAGCCUACAGGGAUUUGAAGACGGCCUUUUUGUUUUCUUUCCUUUGUUUUUCAACUGCUAAUAUGUAAACGCAUUUUUCUACUGCUGUAGAACUUGCAUUCUUAAUGUACCUUGUAUAGCUAGAUUUGGAACAAUUUCUAUUCUGGUUUCUUGUGUAUUUGUGGGUUUCACACAGUUUUUCAAAGUAACACGUUCUAUAAACUUCAGUUGUUUAAGCAGAAUUUGAUGGCAUUGCAGAAUUUGAUAAGAGCUGAAUUGAAAAUACUAACAUUAUGAGUGUGCUUUUGUGAGGUCGCACUUUUAAAAAGAAAAAGAAAAAGAAAACAUUUUUACUUGUGGCCUUUUUGUAAUUAUUUUCAGUGAUGUGGCUAAAGACUAGUCCUUUCCAUCAGCCUGCACAACAAAUUUGUCAUGUGUUUGUAAGGUACUUUUGUGGACUGGAGUACAAGAAUGAAAACAUCGUGUUCUAAAA